AUGACUCUUGUCACUCGCGGUGCAUCGCGUCUCUCAAGGCAGGGCGGAAAGGCGUUCAGGAACGCCCGCGCCAACGCUGCCUUCUUCACCACCGCCGCCCAGGCCGCGCCGGCUUUGGUUGGCGGCUCGAAGGCUAGCGGAUCCAGGAUGGCUCCCAUGAGCAAGAACGUCGCUCCCGUUCGCUCAUACGCCACCCCCGCCAAGAACCUUACCGGCUCCAUCAAGACCGUCAUUGGUGCCGUCGUCGAUGUUCACUUUGACGGCGAGAACCUUCCCCCAAUUCUCAACGCCCUUGACGUCCAGUUCGCCGAGGGCCAGGAGAAGCCGGAGGGUGGCCGUCUGGUGCUCGAGGUUGCUCAGCACUUGGGUGAGAACACCGUCCGGUGUAUCGCCAUGGACGCUACCGCUGGUCUUAUCCGUGGUCAGGGUGUCAUUGACACUGGCGCGCCCAUCAUGGUUCCCGUCGGACCCGCUACCCUCGGCCGUAUCAUGAACGUCAUUGGUCAGCCCAUCGACCAGCGUGGCGAGAUCAAGGGCUCCAAGCUCCUCCCUAUCCACAACGACCCCCCACCUUUCGUCGACCAGUCCACCCAGGCCGAAGUCCUCGAGACCGGUAUCAAGGUCGUCGACCUCCUCGCCCCCUACGCCCGUGGUGGAAAGAUCGGACUCUUCGGCGGUGCCGGUGUCGGCAAGACCGUGUUGAUCCAGGAGCUCAUCAACAACAUCGCCAAGGCGCACGGUGGUUACUCGGUCUUCACCGGUGUCGGAGAGCGGACGCGUGAGGGUAACGACUUGUACCACGAGAUGAGGGAGACGGGUGUCAUCAACCUCGAGGGUGACUCCAAGGUCGCCUUGGUCUUCGGUCAGAUGAACGAGCCCCCAGGGGCCCGUGCUCGUGUCGCCCUUACCGGUCUCACGAUCGCCGAGUACUUCCGUGACGAGGAGGGUCAGGAUGUGUUGCUCUUCAUUGACAACAUUUUCCGAUUCACCCAGGCCGGUUCCGAGGUGUCGGCCCUGCUCGGUCGUAUCCCGUCCGCCGUCGGAUACCAGCCCACUCUCUCCACCGACAUGGGGCAGAUGCAGGAGCGUAUUACCACCACCAAGAAGGGCUCCAUCACUUCGGUGCAGGCCGUCUACGUGCCCGCCGAUGAUUUGACCGACCCGGCCCCGGCCACCACCUUCGCCCACUUGGACGCCACCACCGUCUUGUCGCGUGGUAUCGCCGAGCUCGGUAUCUACCCCGCCGUCGACCCUCUGGACUCCAAGUCCCGGAUGCUCGACCCCCGUAUCGUCGGUCAGCGCCACUACGACAUUGCCACCAAGACUCAGCAGAUCUUGCAGUCGUACAAGUCGCUCCAGGAUAUCAUUGCCAUUUUGGGUAUGGACGAGUUGUCUGAGGAGGACAAGCUCACUGUCGAGCGUGCCCGUAAGAUCCAGCGAUUCAUGUCUCAACCCUUCGCCGUCGCUCAGGUCUUCACCGGUAUCGAGGGCCGUCUCGUACCCCUGAAGGAGACCGUCGAUGCGUUCGAGGAGAUCCUUGCCGGCAAGCACGACCACAUCUCGGAAUCGUCAUUCUACAUGGUUGGUGGUAUCGAGGACGUCAAGGCCAAGCACGAGAAGGCGUUGAAGGAGCAGGGCGCGUAA